UUGGCUAGACGUAUAUCUUAGCGUGUAAGGCGGAAAUUUAAAUGAUAGUGACUAGUACACAUCAAAGAUUUUCGGUUUUAAAAACAGCAAAGGCAGGAAAGUAGAAGAGAGUAUUGUGUGCCGACUACCUCCUAUACAGUGCGUUAGAUAAAUGCAAAUACUGUGAAAAGUGGCAGCCCAGCUAUUAGCUCUAAAUCGGUGUGGCACGAGUUUUUGUUCGCAUGUUACUACCUUGCGCAAGAGAACAUCGACCAUGCAUAUGUUUAUGGCAAGCCUUAGUUUGCUCUAUAUCUACUGGAUUACAACGACUGUUUUGCCUAAACAGUCACAGCGUCAACAGAUUUUUGUAAACACAUCGAACGUAAUUUUUAUUACCGACAGGGAAUACCUCAGUAUUGCCAUAGACACUGCCCUUAUACGCAACGGAUGGGUGCGACGAAAACUUUGUUCCACGGAAUUAAUUGCUCUCACAAGGCCACUUGCACCAGCAUAUCUCCGAAUGGGAGGAACUGCAGCAGAUCAACUUAUUUUUGUACCAAAUGAGGAAACGAAUCAAGAAGAUUUAUUGUUAUCGAAGCCUUUGAUGGCUGCUAAAGCAGAACAUGUGGAUUAUUGUGAUUAUGGCUACCAUUGUAACCGUAAUAUCUCGGAUACAUUCAAUAUGACAGUGGAAGACUGGUUGACAAUGAAUCGUUUUGUUAAAGAAACCGAUCUGCGGCUGUUGUUUGACUUGAAUGUGUUGUUGAGGCGUAACAACAUGUGGGACAGUACAAAUGCAAAGAAGCUGUUGACUGUAUCAACAGGUUUUGCUUGCAAUGUUUCAUGGCAACUUGGAAAUGAACCAAAUUCAUUCAAACAUGUUUUUGGUGUCAACAUAUCAGCGAAACAGCUUGGGAAGGACUUUAAAGAACUUCGUCGAUUGCUGGAUGAAUUUCCUUCCUGCUACAAGAACUCUAAUUUAGUGGGACCAGAUGUAACUAGACCUAAACUACUUCAGUUGCCAUCUGCUAGUUUUAUGCACAAGUUCUUGAAGGCUGCUAAUGGUACUGUCCGUGCUGCUACAUUUCACCAGUAUUAUGUGAAUGGUAGAACUGCAAAGCUGAGCGACUUUCUUAACACAAGUGUGCUAGAUCAACUUGAGGAUGAAAUCAAUGUAAUGAAAUUGGCUGUACAUACUGUGGACAAUAGUUUACCACUAUGGUUAACAGAGACGAGUUCAGCAUGGGGUGGUGGUGCCAGAGGCCUUUCUGACACAUAUGCUGCAGGCUUCAUGUGGCUAGAUAAACUAGGACUUGCAGCUAAACUUGGAAUCAGUUUGGUCAUACGGCAGACCUUAUGUGGUGGCCAUUAUUCUCUAAUUGAUUGUGAGAAAUUUGAACCCCAUCCAGACUGGUGGCUGUCUGUGUUGUUCAAGAAACUUGUUGGACAGAAGGUAUUUUCUGUAAAACAAACAGCUUCUGACUCAGUCAGAAUGUAUGCUCACUGUGCAAAUCCUGAUGCUGGUGAAGGAUCAGUAACAUUAUAUGGGCUUAAUACUGGGAACGAACCUGUAUGGUUAAAUAUCAAAGGCUUAGAAGGACCUGCAAAUGCAUAUAUACUUAGCAGUGACAAUGGUCUUCGUUCCAGGUCAGUUUUGCUUAAUGGAAAGACACUUCAGCUCAAUAAAGACAGAACCCUGCCACCAGUAAUUCCACUCAACAUAAGUCUGGAUGAGGCAAUACUGAUCCCAGGAUUUUCUCUUGGUUUCUGGGUUACUGCUGUCUACAAAGUUCAAGAAUGCUAUAUUCUGUAACUUUCAAAUAUUGAACCUUACAUUUUUUAGAAUAUCAGCAUGUGUGCUGAAAAUACUUAAGUACUGUAUUUACUUGCAUAUAAAAGUUCCAAUGAAAUGUAUUACUUGCAGUAUGGUUAUAUAAAUGCAGCAAAGGAUUCUAGGAAAAUAGUUUUUUAAACAUACGUACAAUAUAAAAAUAUUUCAUCUUUGAAGACUGUUCAAGUGCCUUCCUGGACAAAGCUCUUCACUUUCUGUAUCCAACAGAUGUUUCACAGCAGUAAUCUCAAUGCAAAUCAAUCUACCAUAUGUUAUUUUCAUACUUAACUUACUGCAAGUGGAGUUAUAGUCCAAAAAAUACAACUGUUCCAGCAGUUAACUUUAUUAGUGCAAUUAAUCAGUGAUGUGUACCAUAUGUACAUUAGUGUAUAGCAUAUGGCUGUACAAUGAUAUUAUAUGAUGUAUAUUCUGAAAUGUUGAGAAACAUUUGAUUCACCUAGUGAGUUGCUGUAUUAUCAAUAUAUUUACCAUAAAACAGUAA